UUAUUAAAUGCUUAAAAAAUUGCCCCCAUUGUCCUCGAUCGUUCAAAUUCCCUGUCCCUCCUUUGUCUCUUCUAAAAUUCAAAUUCUAACGUCUAAGGAUCCGAAAAGCAAAAAAAAAAAAAAACUCCAUCUCCUUCAGGGUUUUAGGUAUCGUUUUAGAUUUGGAUCGCAUCAUAUAGGAGAUGGAGAACACGGAGUCCGUAAGAGUCGCCGUUAAUAUUCGACCGCUGAUUACUACAGAGCUUCUCAAUGGAUGCACAGAUUGCAUCACCGUUGUUCCUGGCGAACCUCAGGUUCAGAUUGGGUCACAUGCUUUUACCUAUGAUUAUGUUUAUGGGGGAGGGGGAUCGCCAUCUUCAGUGAUUUAUGAUGAUUGCGUUGCUCCCCUUGUUGAUGCAAUUUUUCAUGGUUAUAAUGCUACUGUACUUGCAUAUGGUCAGACUGGGUCUGGUAAAACAUAUACUAUGGGAACCAACUAUACUGGGGAAGGAGGUAAUGGUGGCAUUAUUCCUAAGGUUAUGGAAACUAUAUUUAAACGAGUCGAGGCAACGAAACACUCCACGGAAUUUUUGAUAAGAGUAUCAUUUAUUGAGAUUUUUAAGGAAGAAGUGUUCGACUUACUUGACUCAAAUCCAGCUGCUUUGUCUAAAGUUGAAGGGGCGUCUCUUGCAAAGCCCACAGCUCCUGGAAGACUUCCAAUUCAAAUUAGAGAAACAGUAAAUGGAGGGAUAACACUUGCUGGGGUGACUGAGGCAGAAGUUGCGAUGAAAGAAGAGAUGGCAUCUUACUUGUUACGAGGUUCUUUAUCUCGAGCUACAGGGAGUACCAAUAUGAAUAGCCAAUCAAGUCGUUCACAUGCCAUCUUUACAAUAACUGUGGAGCAAAAGAAGAUUGCCAGCUGCCCAAACGGGGUAAUCAAUGAUGACAUCGGUGAUGAUAUCUUAUGUGCAAAGCUGCAUUUGGUGGACCUUGCUGGAUCAGAACGUGCAAAAAGAACAGGUGCUGAUGGCAUGCGCUUCAAAGAAGGUAUUCAUAUAAAUAAGGGUCUACUAGCUCUGGGGAAUGUGAUUAGUGCCUUAGGAGAUGAGAAGAAGAGAAAAGAAGGAGGACAUGUUCCAUAUCGUGAUAGCAAGUUGACUCGCUUGUUACAGGAUUCUCUUGGAGGAAACAGCAAAACAGUGAUGAUUGCUUGUGUUAGUCCGGCUGACACCAAUGCUGAAGAAACCCUAAACACUUUGAAGUAUGCCAAUCGUGCUCGAAACAUUCAGAACAAGGCAGUUAUAAACCGCGAUCCAAUGGCAGCUCAGUUGCAAAGAAUGCGGAGCCAAAUUGAGCAAUUGCAAGCUGAACUUUUGUUUUAUCGUGGUGAUGGCAAUGGGUCAUUUGAUGAACUUCAGAUUCUCAAGCAUAAAGUAUCUUUACUUGAAGCGAGCAAUGCAGAGCUACAGCGGGAGCUUCAUGAACGUAGACUCACUAGUGAACAAUUAGCCCAACGUGCACUUGAUGCUCAGGUUGAGAAAGACAAACUGAUGAUGCAAAUUGAAUCAGUUCGUAACGGUAAAUCGUGGGAUGAGAUUGACUCUAAUCAAAAUCAGGAUUUUGAUUUGAUGAAAACUUAUGUGUUGAAAAUUCAAGAGUUAGAAGGAGAAUUGAUACGUUUGAAAAGCUUAAACAGCUCAAAACGUAGUCGUUUUUCUGAUUGUGCUGAUUCUGAUGAUGAUGGAACCUCAAAAAAUUCAUUAUUUUCUUCUGGAAAUGAUUAUUCAUCUUCAGAUGAGAUUGAGGAUAAUGAAAAGGAGCUGGAGCAUUCCUCUCUCCAAGAAAAAUUGGACAAGGAACUUAAGGAAUUGGACAAAAAACUUGAACAGAAAGAGGCUGAAAUGAAGCAUUUUUCAAGUGCUGACACCUCAGUUCUAAAACAACAUUAUGAGAAGAAAGUUAAUGAGUUAGAACAAGAAAAAAGGGUUCUGCAGAAAGAAAUUGAAGAGCUGAGACAUAAUCUUGCCAGCAUAUCUUCUACUUCUGAUGACGGUGCUCAAAAGUUAAAGGAAGAAUACCUUCAGAAGUUGAAUGUCCUUGAGGCACAGGUUGCGGAGUUGAAGAAGAAGCAAGAUGCUCAAGCUCAACUUUUGAGACAAAAACAGAAAAGUGAUGAGGCAGCAAGGCGACUCCAGGAUGAGAUUCAGAGAAUCAAAUCUCAGAAGGUUCAACUGCAACAUAAGAUCAAGCAAGAAUCUGAGCAAUUUAGGUUAUGGAAAGCAUCACGAGAGAAAGAGGUGCUUCAGCUUAAGAAAGAGGGAAGGAGAAAUGAGUAUGAGAUGCACAAGCUCUUAGCUCUGAAUCAGAGGCAAAAAAUGGUUUUGCAAAGAAAGACUGAAGAGGCUGCUAUGGCUACGAAAAGGCUAAAGGAGCUUCUAGAAUCUCGAAAAGCUUCAACACGUGAAGCUUCCAGUGCUGGAAAUGGCAAUGGUGCUGGAUUUCAGGCAAUAAUGCAGACAAUUGAGCAUGAACUUGAGGUCACAGUAAGGGUACAUGAAGUACGCUCUGAAUAUGAACGACAAAUGGAAGAGAGGGCUAGGAUGGCCAAGGAGGUUGCGAGAUUGAAGGAAGAAGCUGAGAUGCUUAAGCAGAGUGAUUUAAGUGAUUGUCCAGAGACAAUGUCACCAGGUGCAAGAAACUCAAGAAUUUUUGCUCUAGAAAACAUGCUUGCUGCUACUUCUAGCACUCUGGUCUCUAUGGCCUCACAACUAUCUGAAGCAGAAGAGCGUGAACGUAUUUUUAGUGGCAGAGGACGUUGGAACCAAGUUCGGUCUCUUGCUGAUGCAAAAAAUAUUAUGAAUUAUCUAUUCAAUUUAGCGUCAUCCUCAAGGUGCUCAGUGCGAGAUCAGGAAGUUCAUUGCAGAGAAAAGGAUGCAGAAAUAAGAGAUCUAAAGGAAAAGGUGGUGAAACUUAGUAGUUUGGCUAGACAACUUGAGAUACAAAAGGCAGAUCUUGUCCAUCAAGUUAAAGUGAUGAAUGCAACCAUGAAGCAAUACUCCAUGAAAGGAACCAUGGAUUCUGGCAUCCCUGACUUAAAUGGUGGAAGACAUAAGUAUGAGCUGCGGAAGCAGGAACACCGAAGCUCCAUAAUCUUUAUGGAGGACAUGGAUACGUCUGAGUCAGAACAUUCAGAUAUGGAUGCAAGUGAUGAUGGUGAGUGGGUGCAGUCAGAAAAGAAGCCAUUUAGGAGAAGAGCUUCUAGAUCUAGAGGCCACUCAAGUGAAGGAAUUCAUCAACUAGUUGCCAACGACUCAGAAAACAUUAAGGGGUGUACUGGUGAGGUUACAGGGAAAACUGAUGGAUUGUGCUGCACUUGCAGUAAGAAGUCUUGGUGCAAGACACCGAAAUGCCAGUGUAGAGCAAAUGGAAACUCUUGUGGACAGUCAUGUGGUUGUUCUUCGGUCAGAUGUUCCAAUAGAGAAGCAGAGGCAAACAUGCCAAGUGAUGUUGGCACUAACGAAGAGCAAAGCCUUGUCGCUCAAGGGGCAAUGCUACUCCAGAAUGCAUUGGAGGGUGAGAAGGCGGCUGAAACAAAUGAGGAUUGUGCUACAAAGAGAAAACCACUCACAGACAUUGGAAACACAUUGGAUAAACCCAAUGCACCAAAGCCUAAUCGGAGAAAGAAAUGGGGAAAAUCAGUGAUCCAGUUGGUUCCCGUUGCUCCACCAACUUCACAGCCAGAGAACGCCGCAGAGCCCCAAAAGACAGAAACGGCUGAUCCUCCCAAAAGAACAGAUAACUGUCCAAGCGAGUCCGACAUCCCGUUGAAGUUACCAAGAGCAAUGAGAUCAGCUUCAUCAAAUGGCAACAAAUUGCUGAGAGAAAGAAAUGAUGAUCAACAGGAUGAAUCAACCAACAAGGAACAAGCUGUCCUUGCUCCUAGCAGUCCUAUUCGGCCAACAAGAACAACAGAUGAGAAAGAGAACUGCCGCCGAUAACUUGGGAGUCCUUGACCAUUCAUCGGUAAAAUAUUCUUACCACAGUGUCACUAACCAGCUUUGACAUGUAUGUCAUUUCCAUGAAAAACCUUUGUUUCUUUUUUUUGUUGGAUUUUAUUUCCUUCUUAAUCCUUUGGUUCUGUACAAGAGAAGUUGGAUCCUUGAAUGGAAGUGAUGACUUGAUGUUGUUUCACAGUUGAUUAGGCUUGUCCUGUUUUAUUAGUCCUCACCAGUGAGGAGUACUGUUAUUGUUAUUCACCGUUUGCUUAGCUUAAUUGCACAAUACAUAAGUUGAUUCUUUGAGAUCA